AUGGAUGCAGAAGCGGGGUCAUUGGACACAGACGGAGGGUCACUGGACGCAGAGGCAGAGGUGUUGGACACCGAGGCGGGGUCACUGGACGCAGAGGCAGAGGUGUUGGACACAGAGGCGAGGUGUUGGACACCGGGGGGGUCACUGGACGCAGAGGCAGAGGUGUUGGACACCGAGGCGGGUCACUGGAUCAGAGGCAGAGGCGGGGUCACUGGACGCAGAGGCAGAGGUGUUGGACACAGAGGCAGAGGUGUUGGACACCGAGGCGGGUCACUGGACGCAGAGGCAGAGGUGUUGGACACCGAGGCGGGGUCACUGGACGCAGAGGCAGAGGUGUUGGACACAGAGGCAGAGGUGUUGGACACAGACGGAGGGUCACUGGACGCAGAGGCAGAGGUGUUGAACGCAGAGGCAGAGGUGUUGGACACCGAGGCGGGUUCACUGGACGCAGAGGCAGAGGUGUUGGACACAGACGGAGGAGGCAGAGGUGUUGGACACAGACGGAGGGUCACUGGACGCAGAGGCAGAGGUGUUGGAUGCAGAGGCAGAGGUGUUGACACAGACGAAGGGUCACUGGACGCAGAGGCAGAGGUGUUGGACACAGAGGCAGAGGUGUUGGACACAGAGGCAGAGGUGUUGGACACAGACGGAGGGUCACUGGACGCAGAGGCAGAGGUGUUGGACACAGAGGCAGAGGUGUUGGACACAGACGGAGGGUCACUGGACGCAGAGGCAGAGGUGUUGGACACAGAGGCAGAGGUGUUGGACACCGAGGCGGGGUCACUGGACGCAGAGGCAGAGGUGUUGGACACAGAGGCAGAGGUGUUGGACACAGAGGCAGAGGUGUUGGACACAGACGGAGGGUCACUGGACGCAGAGGCAGAGGUGUUUGAUGCAGAGGCAGAGGUGUUGGACACAGAGGCAGAGGUGUUGGACACAGACGGAGGGUCACUGGACGCAGAGGCAGAGGUGUUGGACACAGAGGCAGAGGUGUUGGACACCGAGGCAGAGGUGUUGGACACAGACGGAGGGUCACUGGACGCAGAGGCAGAGGUGUUGGAUGCAGAGGCAGAGGUGUUGGACACAGACGAAGGGUCACUGGACGCAGAGGCAGAGGUGUUGGAUGCAGAGGCAGAGGUGUUGGACACAGAGGCAGAGGUGUUGGACACAGAGGCAGAGGUGUUGGACACAGACGGAGGGUCACUGGACGCAGAGGCAGAGGUGUUGGACACAGAGGCAGAGGUGUUGGACACAGACGGAGGGUCACUGGACGCAGAGGCAGAGGUGUUGGACACAGAGGCAGAGGUGUUGGACACCGAGGCGGGGUCACUGGACGCAGAGGCAGAGGUGUUGGACACCGAGGCGGGGUCACUGGACGCAGAGGCAGAGGUGUUGGACACCGAGGCGGGGUCACUGGACGCAGAGGCAGAGGUGUUGGACACCGAGGCGGGGUCACUGGACGCAGAGGCAGAGGUGUUGGACACCGAGACGGGGUCACUGGAUGCAGAGGCAGAGGUGUUGGACACAGAGGCAGAGGUGUUGGACACCGAGGCGGGGUCACUGGACGCAGAGGCAGAGGUGUUGGACACCGAGGCGGGGUCACUGGACGCAGAGGCAGAGGUAGAGGUGUUGAACGCAGAGGCAGAGGUGUUGAACGCAGAGGCAGAGGUGUUGGACACCGAGGCGGGUUCACUGGACGCAGAGGUGUUGGACACAGACGGAGGGUCACUGGACGCAGAGGCAGAGGUGGACACAGACGGAGGGUCACUGGACGCAGAGGCAGAGGUUUGACACA